UGGCUUGCCCUACAGGCUGACACGAAGAGAGAUGGAGAAAACACACAACACGUUGCGUAUUUCUCUCCGUCAUACGUUUUCCGAGGCAGAAACAAUAGCAGGGAAAACACACACGCUCUCUCUCUCUCUCUCUCUCACUCUGUAUUAUAUUUCUUAAGUUGGAGUUAUUACACCUGCAGAGAUGGUCGCCGGCGGCGAGUGGAGAUUUCCGGAGGUUUUGGUUUGUGGAGGUUUUCGAUGACAGAGGUUUGCUGGAGAAUGCUGAGCGACGACGACGAUGAUUCGCCGGCGAAAUGCCGGGAGCGCCGCCGGCGGAGGAUUGAGAUGAGGAGACUAGCGGCGAUUUCGGCGGCGAGCUCUGCACUGCCUCCGCUGAUCCAGAGCCGGGGGGAUAACCCUGACCUGACGGAGAGCUUGGCAGAAGUGAAGCGGAUUCGGACGGCGGAGAAGAGCGAUAUACCGGCGUCGUCUUCGUCGUCAUCCGGAGAAGAUGUGGACGCUUUGUCGGCGCAGCAGAUUGGGGGUCCGGCUAGAGAGCCGGUUUUCGGGACCAUGUCGGUGUCGGGGAGGUCUCGUGGGAUGGAGGACGCGAUAGGUGUUCGGACGAGCCUUUGCCGGCCGGAGAUAAGUCAUUACCGACCAGUUCAUUUCUUCGCUGUGUUUGAUGGCCAUGGAGGACCUCACGUCGCGGCAUUGUGUAGGGAAAGGAUGCACGUGUUCGUAGAGGAGGAGCUGACGCGCGUGAGUUGCACGGGGGAGAGUGAGAGUGGGAGCAGUAGUAGCUCCAAAGACGAGCUUGAAGAGGAUGGUACGGAUUUGGAAGAGAAGUGGAGGAGAGUGAUGAGGAAGAGCUUCGAGAGGAUGGACGGGGUGGCAUUGUGCACGUGCGCGUGCGGGAGCGUGGGGUACAAGUGUGGUUGCCAUCCCAUGGAGGUGCCGCUCGGCGGGUCCACCGCCGUGGUGGCCGUUCUCACGCCGGAAUACAUAGUCGUCGCCAAUUGCGGAGACUCACGCGCCGUCCUUUGCCGUGCCGGCACCCCCAUACCUCUGUCGCAGGAUCACAAGCCUGAUAGACCAGAUGAACUAGCAAGAAUUGAAGCUGCUGGGGGCCGAGUCAUCUUCGUUAAUGGAGCUCGAGUUGAAGGCAUUCUUGCAAUGUCCAGGGCGAUAGGUAAUGUUUUCCACAUGCAUUUAACUGAAGAUCAUCUUGCUAUUUUCUUCUAGUCAAAUUAACAAUUACUAACACAUGUUAUGACCGAUCCUAAAUGUUCCUAGUACAUGAUUAAUUACCGCAAGUUAUCAUUUAGAAAGUUUUCUCCUGGAGUAUAAUAUUAUUUGGUUUAAUCACUUCAGAAUGAGUAAGGAACUAUUUUCACUGUAAUGGCAAACAUUGUUGAACUAAAUCCCUUUUUCUUUUUUUCUCUCAAUCUUAGAUGGAAUUUCUAUCUAAAUUGGA